GGAGGGUGAAGAUACCAGCUGCUCUGAGAGCAUCAGUGUUUCUCUGUGGAAUAUGAUCAUUCUCUGGCUCUGUAUUUUAAAGGAAUGAGACUGACGUUAUGGGAGUUUCUUUUACUCUGAAUGCUGAAGAUCGCUCUCCUCCAGCUGUCGUCCUAAAUUAGCUGAGCUCUGUGAAAAGAGAGCCGUUUCAACUGACCCCUUCUGUUCCUUGAAGCUCCAGCCGUCCGUGACACCCAAAUGCUGCCUGUCUUUCAUCAAACUGGUCACUCCUGGAGAAAAAUGGACUUUGAGUGAAGGGCGGCCCUUUAUGUGGGCUGACUCCCUCUAGGACGACUCUGAAACUAGUUGAGACUCAAAUGGGUGACCUAUGACAAUGUAACCAAUAAGGGGACUUGAGUUCUCGAUUUCCCAAGCAGCUGCAAGCAGGAUAUGAGCUUGAGCCGUGGGUAUCGGCGAUAAAACAAACCUUUCAUCGCUUGAGGCCUCCUCUAACGUCAUGCAGUCAUCUGAGGAAUUGUUUAACAGGAAGCUGAAAGCGUUGAAUGGGAGUAUGGGACAUCCAGCGGGCAACACGCAGGGCAAGCUGGACGGGGGUGGCAAAACGAACGGGACACCUGCUAUGCCUAAAAUGGGGGUGCGGGCCAGGGUGACGGACUGGCCCCCAAAAAAGGAAGGUUGGGGACCCAACUACGAGACCGUCAUCACGGCCUUUCAGAACGGACAGCCAGACCAAAGUGUGGAGAUCACGGAUUUAGACGAAGCUCCUUUGGAGCCUGAUUAUUCGGAUACAAAAUAUUCCUUGAGUGACCUUUUGAGUCGAUCCCCUUUGAAGGGACUCCAUCCCAUUCGCCAACGGAGUAACAGUGACGUGACCAUCAGCGACAUUGAUGCGGAGGACAUAAUGGACCAGAACGCUGUUAACCCCAACACCGGCGCCUCGUUGCAUCGGGAGUACGGCAGCACGUCUUCGAUUGACCGCCAGGGUCUUGGGAAUGAUGGGUUCUUUACUAUGUUGCGAGGAUAUCAGAUUGACAACUUGGACCAUCGCAGCGCUCCGCCUGCCGGGUUCCCAGAGCUCCUUCGCUACGACACAACCCUCUCCCCAAGCUUGCAGACCGCUGCACAAAUAGCCCGCGGCGAGAUCAUCCACAUCUCCGGCUACGACUACGUGGACAGCUCCCUCCUCUACAGCCGAGAAAGAGAGAAGUCCUUCAUGCGUCGUCUCAAGUCGGAAUCAUCCGAAACAUCGCUGUUCAGGAAACUGAGGACUAUUAAGAGCGAGAACGAUGGUCUGCGGCUCUCCACCGAGCAAGACGACCGCCGGCCGCUCAGCUUCCAGAAGUGCUUCGCUCACUAUGACGUCCAGAGUGUCCUCUUUAACAUCAGCGAAGCGGUGGCCAAUCGCGUAAACCUCAGCCAGAGGAAGAACACCACCACCGGAGCUUCUGCCGCCUCCCAAUACCAAGUCCCAGGAGGUGGACAAGUGGCUGGGAAUACAACUGGACCUGCAUCCAUGUUCGAAUCGCCGCUCGGAAGUCGGGAAGACCUCAAUCCCAAGGAGAACCUGGAUGCGGAUGAGGGGGAUGGGAAGAGCAAUGGAUUGGUGCUGAGUUGCCCGCAUUUUCGCAAUGAGAUUGGUGGAGAAGGGGAGAGGAGGAUAUCUCUAUCCAGGGCCAACAACGCCACCUACAGCGCUGGAGGGGAAAACUGCUCGUUCGAGUCCUCCUUGAGCUCCCACUGUACUAAUGCUGGCGUGUCUGUACUGGAGGUGCCACGAGAAAGCCAGCCAAUCCACCGUGAAAAGGUCAAGCGGUACAUCAUCGAGCACAUCGACCUCGGAGCGUAUUACUACCACAAAUACUUCUAUGGGAGAGAGCACCAGAACUACUUCGGUGUGGAUGAGAACUUGGGUCCGGUGGCCAUCAGCGUACGGAGAGAAAAGCUGGAUGACGGGAAAGACAAGGAAGCAGCGCAGUAUAACUAUCGCAUUACCUUCAGGACGAGUCAG